GAGAGAGUUUAAGGAGAUGACAACGUGUGUCUUCCCCAGACUUUUGGAUACUAAAUUGAUGGCCAGUACACAACCUUUUAAGGAUAUCAUUAACAACACAUCUCUUGCGGAAUUGGAAAAACGGUUAAAAGAGACACCUUUCAACCCUCCUAAAGUUGAAAGUGCAGAAGGUUUUCCAAGUUACGACACAGCUUCUGAACAGCUCCAUGAGGCAGGCUAUGAUGCUUACAUCACAGGACUGUGCUUCAUCUCCAUGGCAGAUUAUCUAGGUUCUUUUCUCGGUCCUCCAAAAAUUCAUGUGUCUGCCAGAUCAAAACUCAUUGAACCUUUUUUUAACAAGUAA